AACGAAACGUAAAUGUAACAGUGACAGACUUUAGACCUUUAGACCAAAUUGAGACGGAUGACGUUUGCGUUUUGUUAGCGUUUUCUUUCUCUUUGUAGUCUGUGUUCACGUUUUUAACUUUAGUCGGGAAAUUGAAUGGAAUCCUGAAAUUUUGUCUUGUUGUAAAAAUAACCUAAACAUUUUAUUGUAAUACAUUUAUAAAUAAUAAACACCAUGGAACUGGAUAAAGAAAAUGUUGUCCAAGCCGUCGUCAUUAUGGACACAUUUAACAAUAACUUUACGCCGAUUAGUAAAAGUAAACCUAUGGCCUUAGUUACUGUAGCAGGCGUGCCCCUUUUGGACUACACACUUGAGUCACUUGCCUUGGGUGGAGUUGGCGAGACUAUAUUAUUCUGCUGCCAGGAUGGUGCUAAAAUUAAGGACCAUAUAAAGAACAAGACCGAAAACAAGGCACCAUGGAGUAUAAACAUGGAUGUGCAAGUGUUUACUUCAGACACUUGCCAGACUAUGGGUGAUGUUAUGAGAGAAAUUGAUGCUGCAGGCCUCAUCCGAGGAUAUUUUGUAUUGACCGGAGUCAAUAGUGUGACUAAUGUCAACUUUGCUGCAUUGUUGGAGCAACACAAGCAAACAUGCAAAAAAGAUAAAGGUGCAGCAAUGACAUUGGUAUAUAAGAAAGUUGCCUGGGAUCAUCCACUGAUAAGUUGUGAUAAACCCGUUUUCUUAGCAGCUGAUGCUAACACUAAGAAAGUUUUAAUGCACCAGAAAUUCAAACCAAAAUCAAGUGUAAAAAAUUUGAACUUGCCUUUGGAAAUUGUAUUGAACCAUUCAGAAGUGAAAUUGCAUCAUAACUUAGCAGAUGCUAACAUUGCAAUGUGUUCUCCUUCUGUGCCACCAUUGUUUUCGGAUAAUUUUGAUUUUCAAACAAGAGAUGAUUUUAUACAUGGCAUUCUUAUAAAUGAAGAGAUUCUUGCUAGUUCUCUGUACUACACAUUAUUGAAAGAAAAUCAAUAUGCCGCUGCAGUUACUAAUUGGAAGACUUAUCAAACCAUUUGUCGUGAUGUUCUGCACAACUGGGCAUAUCCUUUGUCCAUUGAGACAGGUUCAUUUUACAGAGACAAUUAUCAUCUCAUUGGAUAUCAUAAUUUCCGCAAUAAAAGUUCAACAUUGAGCAGAUCUUGUACAUUAGUGGAAGAUGUACUGAUAGGAGACAAUACUCACAUCAAUGAUCAUACUUCAGUCACAAAAUCAGUGAUUGGACACAACUGUAAGAUAGGAAGCAAUGUAACAAUCACUGGAUGCCAGAUCAUGAACAAUGUGGUUGUGAAAGACAACUGCCAAAUUAUGAAUAGUUUCCUAGAUGAUAACUCUGUUGUUGAAGAGAACUGUACUUUGGAGGGUGGUGCAAUCAUAGCAGCAAAUGUUGUUGUGAAAGCAGGCAGUCAGCUUAACGGGAAUAUUAUUGAAUGUAUUGAUGACAAGGAACAUGAGAAAAUUUUAACAAAGUCAACUUCAGAGAGUGGUACAGACUGGGAGAAUGAGUCGUCAGGCAGUGGAGGUGAUGAAUUCAUUGGGUUUGAGAAAAAGUGGUCAGAUAGCGAGUCUUGCUAUUCUUCUGACAGCAGUGAGGAGUCUACAUUGCCAGAUUCACCAGUUCCAGAGGAUACCAACAUCUUCCUGCAAGAAGUAAUUGAUAGUUUAGCGAGAGGAUAUGAAGAGAAACUUAAAUGUGACUAUUUGAUAUUAGAAAUCAACUCUUCAAGAUAUGCAUAUAACAUACAACUUCAUGAAGUUAACUUUUUUGUUGUAAGGGCAAUGCUAAGUAUGCCUGUACUUACCCAGACUAAGAAUGUCCUCAGUACUGUGAAAGAUAUUUUGAAGUACUUCAGACCAGUGUUGGCAAACUAUAUUAAAACUAAACCAUCUAUAAUGGACUGCUUGCGGGCUAUUGAAGAAAGCUGCCUUAAAUGUGAAUGGCUGGAUGGUAAAACUGGUCAGGUCAUACAUUUAUUGUAUGAAGCCGAUGUUGUUGAUGAAGACUCAUUACUAGAAUGGUAUAAGGAUUUAAAAGAGAAUGAAAGCCCUGUUUUGAAACAGCCUGCACUAGUGAAGUUCUUUGAAUGGCUAGAAGAAGCUAGUGAAGAAAGUGAAGAAUCAGAUUGAGAAGACAGUGUGAUAUUUUUGAAGAAAUAUAAAUAAAAAUAUCAUAAUUGUUGU